CCUCGUAAUCAGUGCACUUACCCACUAGUACACAUACACACAGAGUAUAUAUAUAAUCAUGUCUGAAGCUGCUGCUGGAUAUGUCAACAAGUACCCUUAAUCUCAAGUCAAAACUGCUCUUAAACUCUCUGCUCAUUUAACUUGUCAUCUUUGUUACAAGAUUUUAUUCAUUCAUUCUUGACUUCUAUUAUUUUUAUAUCUUGCCCAAUUCUUUUUGAUUCAUUUGUUCAAAGGGGUGUCAAGAAAAAAUAGAUUAUAAAUUGUUUAUGGAUUCUGAUUUGUGGGUGUCUAGACUUGCUGCAGCUAAAAGGCAAUUCUUUAAUCACCACAAUAAUCAUCUCAAUGCCCAUCUUGAAAUGCUGAUUGCUGAAGAAGAUGAGGAGGAGGAUGAGGAUGAUGAUGAUGGAACAGGAUAUCCAUGCCCCUACUGCUAUGAGGAAUUUGAUUUCAUUCCACUCUGCCAUCAUCUUGAGCAUGAGCAUUACACUCAGACUGCUGAAACAAUUUGUACUAUCUGUGCUGAAAAUGUCUCUGGAGACAUGCUCCGUCAUAUUACAACCGAUCAUGAACCACUCUUCAAGAUAUCCUGAAAAUGAAUAUUAAUUAUUGUAUUUUUUUUCUAAUGCUUUCUCUGUGCACAUAAUUAUACUGUUAUAUUAGUCCAAUUUCAUUUUUUUCUUUAACUGAAAAUCACAUAGCCAUACAGCAAAACAGGUUACGAAAAAUUCCGUACCCUACCAGUCAGGAGCUAUCUCUCUUGGGGAGGGAUAUGCGUGAGGCCCGCUUAAAGACGCUUUUAGCAGGCAAGGGGAAACAACAGUCAAGCAGUGGCGCUUCGGGUUCCCUUCUGUCAUCAGUUCUGUACCCCGCUCCUGCAGUGGAUGAAAUUUCGAAACUAGUGAUCUCCUGUGCAGAGGAAUCGUCCAAAGCAGUUGAACCUCCACAACCUAUCUGGCAGUCUAGUUUGGAUCCAUCUUUAAGCAGCGAAGAGCGUGAAAGGAGAAAAAGGCAGGCUGCUGGAAAAGCUGCUUUUGUGCGAAGUCUGGUGUUCUCAACCAUGUUUGAGGACUAAGUAAAUUACUUGUUUUAAUCCCUAGUUAUCAUAAGGCUUGAAUAGUAAUGGUCCUUACUAUUUAACAAGCCAUUUGGUACCUUGUUUGUUUUCUUUUUUAUGGAGCAGCCAGAUAAGGGCGGCACUGUCAGAGUCUUACUUUUUCAUGUGUCGCUGACUUUACUUGUCUUGUGCUACUUGUAAGACAUAAAAUGAUCUUUUAGCUACCCCUAAAUUUUUAGAUGACUUUUUUUAACUACAAAUAGAAUUUUCUGCUCGCUAUGGAUGCCAUAUAGAAACUAAAUUGCUGAUGCGCUUGUUCUCAAA